AUGAACAUUUCAUAAUAAUAUGAGGAAUAAUAAAAUUCAGAGAGAAUUGAUACUCAAUUUCGAAAAUAGAGUCAGAAUUUGUUCAGAAGACAAUUUUCUCAAUAUUAAUUCAAUAAUACAUGGAAACUUAAUGGAUUCAACAUCAUUUUAAUCGUUCUAAAAUUUAUAUAAGCGAUAACGAAAUAAACAUUUACUACUUCCUUUAAGUUGCUCAAUCGUCAAUUUUUCAAAUUACUUAAAGAUAACUCUUCAGAUUACAACUAUUAUCUACAUAGAGGCUAUUUUACACAAGCUAAAGCUCAAUCUUUUAUGAUUAAAUUUGAUCAAAGGGUGAACUUCUUACAAUGUAAUAACCUUUGUUAUUAUAGAUUACAGAAGAAAUUACAUAAAGAGAAUCAUGCAGUUUAUAUUAUUGGAACCUGAUGACACAAUAAUUAUAAUUUGGAAUAUUUAUUUAUUGUGUAUUGUUACAAUCAACGUGUUUUAUGUUUCAUUGCGAUUAUCUUUUGUGGAAAUUGUCGAAAUGGAUUGGGUACUGAAAGAUUUCAUAUUUGAAUAACUACCAAGUUAUUCAUUCUUACUAGAAAUUAUAAUUAAGUUUAAUACCUGUAUUUAUAGUAAAGGAGUGCUAAUUAAAAAUAGGAAGAGAUUAAUAAAGCGAUAUCUAAAGAGAGAAUUUCUAAUCGAUAUGGUCUUAAUCAUACCAUUCUUUAUUGGAAGACAAUUUGAUUUUAUAUACUUAGAUCUUGUUAUUAUCUUGAAAGUGUUCCAGAUAUCCAAAUUAACUAAUUCUUUAUUCAAUCGUUUGGAAUUGACAUAACAACAAACUACUGUUUUUGAAUUAGUUAAACUCAUGUAAUAAUACAUAAAUAAUAGAGUUUUUUUAUACUAUUAUGUGCUCAUUUCUCAGCUUGUAUUUGGCAUAAACUAGGAGUUUGGGGAGAUUGGGGAGAUAAGAACACGCUAACUUGGUUGAUAAAAGAAUAAUUAUACAAUUCAAUGUGGAUUGAUAGAUAUGUAGUUUCAUUUUAUUGGAGUAUUGUUACAAUGACAACUAUUGGUUAUGGUGAUAUCACUCCUGUAAAUUUAACCGAAAGAUUAUUUUGUAUAGGAAUGACAUUGAUAUCUACAGCAACCUUUGCAUAUUCAGUCAAUAGUAUUGGAUAAAUAUUUUAGGAUAUGUCUAAAUAAUCUGUUUAAUUUAAAACAAAUAUGAAUAGUCUAAAUAAAUACUUAAAAAAUUAAAAAGUAUCAACUACAUUGCAAAUCAAGUUUAGAAGAUAUUUUGAAUAUUUUUGGAGCAAACCUUCUUAAGAAGUAAUUCAAUUUUAGGAUUAAAUUCCUUAAUAUUUAAAGGAUCAAAUGAUUGUAGAUAUAAAUAUAAAAUUACUAAAAUAAUUGGAUUUAUUUAAGUAAUUUACAAAUUCAUUAUUAAAUACACUUUGUUUAUAAUUCAAAGAAUUGUAAUUGUAGCCAGACGAAUAUUUAUUUAAAUCAAACUAGAGAGCCGAUAAUUUAUAUAUAUUAGUAAGCGGAUCAAUUGAUUUGCAUGUAAUCAUCAAUAAAAAAAAAAGAAUACUUGAAAAAAUUAAGACUCAAUGCUUGGUUGGUUAACUAAAUUUUCUUCUCAAUACCGAAUAUAAUUAUGAAGCUAUUGCUACAAAAAACACAAAAUUAUUGGCAAUCGAUCGAUAAACUUUGAUUGAACACAUCAAAUAGAGUGAUAUUGACUAUGUAAUAAUAUUAUUUGAAUCUCUUAGGAAAUCUUUAAGCACUUUGAGGAAGAUAUUAGGUUACAAAAAUAAUUUGGAAGAAUCUCGAUAAAAUGCUCUAUUUGUCGUAAAGCAAAUCAUUUUGUACUUGAUUGUCCUCUCCUUAUAGGGGGUAUAAACAGAACAAAAGUAUUGUAUCAAUUGAGACACAACGUACCUCAAGAUAGAAUAUUGAAAUUAAGGAAUAAUGAUGAUAGAAGAAUAUCAACAAAAAAGCAUCAUUUUCUUGUUAUGGAAAGUGUAAUAUAAUAUAUAAUGAAGAACGAUGAAAUUUGUAAUUUAGAGGGAAUUAAAGAAUGUAAAUAUAUAUAUAAAUUCAAUCUAGAAUUACAAGCAGCCAUCAAAUAACAAUAAUAAUAUGAAGAGAAGAUCUCAUAUAAUUUAUCUAACUAAUUCACAAAGCCCACAUCUCAAUUACCAAAUGUUCCAACUUCAAUCAACUGUAUAUCUCAUUAAUCUCUUCGUAAUACUCAAUAAAUCUAAAACUAAAGUUCUUUAAAGGAUAAUUCUAUUAAUUAAGUUCAAGAUGUGCCUAUAGAAAAAAAUAAUCAAUUUGGAACUUUAAGUAAAUCUUAAGAUAUUCGAUUGUUAACAGACUUGAAUAACUUAAAAAUAUAACCUAUUUUGGAAGAACCAUAAACUAAAGAAGAAAGAUCUGAUGAGAAUAAGUUUUCCAUUAACCUUAGCGAAUAAUUGCCAUAAUUGGAAGUUUAAUAAACUUCUAUUGUCCCUUCAAUUAACACUGAAUCAAAGAAACCAUAAUUAAGAAUGAUGAAAAAAAAACAUUCCAUUAGAUAGAAAUUCGAGAGAAAACAAACAGAACAAUAUGAGAAUAAAACAAACAGAUAAAAAUAAUUUAAAAGAUUGUUUACUGAAAGACAAGAUAGUUAAGAGGGAUUGCCUCAGUUAUCUGGAUUUAAUAAUUAAUUAAUUGUAUCCCAACAAUAAAAUAUGAACAAAUUAUAAUAACCGACUAUUAUGAGAAAACAAAGCAUUUAGGAUUACAUCAUUUAAAAUGAAAAAGGAUAAGAAUAUUUAAAACAUAAGUAAAAUAAAUAAGAAGAUUCACCCUUUGAAUUGGAAUAUUCUAAUAGUCAACGCUCUAUUAAAAAUAGCAAUGUUAGACCUAACAUUGAAAUUUAUUAAGUGAAUGAUGAUAGUGAUCAAUCUUUUGAUAAAGAUUAGAAAUAAACAACUAACAAGAUAUAUACUAAAGUCAAUAAUGAUGAGGACAAUUCUGAGGAUGAAAAGGAUUUAACCAAUUAGUUUUUAGAAGAACAAAUAUUGAAAAAUAGAUAAAGAUUUACUGAUAAAUAGAUUGCAUUUCAAGAACCUCAGCAGAAUUAACUUUGGCAUUUCCCCUAAUAGGAAUUUAAACCAUUGGAACAAAGUAUGAUGAUCCAAUAUGAGAAAAUUAAAUAGAAAGAAGAACUGCUACAUUAAUAGAAGGAGAGGCAAUUAACAGUAAUCAAUAAUAAGGAAAGCAAAGAAAGUAAAGAAAGCAAAGACAUCAAUAAUCAAGCUAAUAUAUAAAGAGGAUUAACUAUUAAAGUGACCUCAGAUGAUUCUUCAGAUGAGGAUAUCAAUGGGUAAAAAUUAAUUAGAGGGUAAUAUCUAGAAAUUUUUAAAGAUUUUGAAGUAGUUAAAGAAUUCAAAAGUUAUUAUCCACAUCAUAAUAUAUCUCAAAUUAUAUUUUUGGUAUUAAUCAAUUAUUAUCUUAGUUAUACAAAAAUGAUUUUAAUUCAUAGCAUCAUUUUUUGAGGAAGAGAAAAAUCAAGAAAUAAGAUACAAUAAUGAAUCUCCUAAAAUAAACUUAGAAUCUUAUACGUAAAAGUCAAUAAUGA